AUGCACGAGUACUGGGAGGAGACCUGGUUAGUCGCGCACUGGUCCUCUGCAGCGCCAGCCAAGGUAUUGCCGCACUACGAUGACUACACCAUCAACGAUCGCCCCGAGAAGCGCAUCGAGAACGAUCGCAAGUUCCUGGAAAUACUUUGCGCUAUCGACGCGGACGAUAGAGGUGCAGUGCUCGAAGCAUUCGCCGGCUUCCACAGCGGAGUGGACGAUUUAAAUUACUGCUUCGGUACCACGAUCCUCGCUUUUUCAGCCAAACAUGGAAGCCACGAGAUGCUUACACUGCUACUCCGUUCAGUCAAACGCUUGACUUACAAACAGUUGUACAAGUACUUGUAUAUCGCCAUCACAGAGGCCGGAAACCCGCAUGCUAUUAUCGACGUCUUCCUUAACCACCUUGCCCGGCACUUCAGAGAUGCAAAGGGCAACGUCUUCACAAGGACAGACGUAGCAAGACGCCUCCUCACCCAAAAUCUCCUUCUCGCAGCCUUGGCAAGAUGGGAUCUGUUAGUAGUCGACGCCAUAUGCAAAUGGAUGGACAGCAUUCCAAACUUUCACGGCAAACUCGACAUGUUCAAAGCAAUCUUCGCCCGAGCUCUUCCCGAUCAGACUCUAUGCGCGUUGCUCCCCAUUUUUGCGACCCUGGCAACAAGGAGUGAGAAGAUGCCGGGACUCUUGGCCAUGAGCCCCACGCACCACUUUGGUGCAUCAUACCAACAGCGUCUCCGAAGUUUGCGAUCAUCGCCUUUGGAGGAGUUCAAGUCACCCUACCCCACCACGCAAAAGUAG